UUUGGACAGUGACAAUGGUGACAAAUGAUUGCAGUCAGCUGUGCAUGACAUGACAUCAAAAAUACUUUUGAUUUAUCAAUUCGUCGUCAAUCGUCUCGGCCUGUGAUAUUAGCAUCUAGCGGUAUGAUAGUUAAGCUAAGUUUGAGAGCAACGUGUGAACCGGUCGCGCGCUCAGCAUGCUAGGGGCGUUGGUGUAUAUGUGCGAGGUCCGCAAGGAGCUGCUGGUGUGUCUGUCGCUGUCGCUGCUGUACCUGGCGUACUACCUGCUGGAGGCGGUGAAGCGGCCGCAGCUGCACUGCCGCGCGGGCGACUUCCGCGCGCUGCUGGAGGCGCGCGUGCCGCUGCUGCGCGAGGCGUACUGGCCCACGCCGUGGUGCGUGGAGGCGCGCCUGCAGACCGUGCUGGGCUCCGUGCUGCGCUCGCGCCUGCUGCCGCCGCAGCGCUACCGCCGUGAGGUGCUGCGGCUGUCGGACGGCGGGCAGGUGGCGCUGGACUGGGCGGAGCUGGACGCGCGGCGCGACCGGCCCGUGCUGCUCGUGCUGCCCGGCCUCACGGGCGGCGCGCACGCCGACUACGUGCGCUGCCUGGUGGCCGCGGCGCGCGAGCUGGGCGCGCACGCCGUCGUGUUCAACAACCGCGGCCUCGGCGGCCUGGCGCUCACGACGCCGCGGCUGUACUGCGCCGUGUCGCACGACGACCUGGGCGAGGUGGUGGACGCCGUGCGCGCGCGCGGCGCCGCGCCGCUGCUGGCCGUGGGCGUGUCGCUGGGCGGGCUCAUCCUGGGCCACUACCUGGCCGCGCACGGCGCCGCGGCGGCCGCCAAGCUGCGCGCCGCGCUCGUGGUGUCGUCGCCGCUGGACGUGGAGGCGGGCGCGACGUGCAUCGAGGCGCCGCCGCUCAACGCGCUGCUAUCGUGGCACAUGGCGCGCAACCUGCGGCGCACAGUGCGCGCGCACGCGCCGCUGCGGCACGCGUGGCCGGCGCUGGAGCGCUGCCGCACGGUGCGCCAGUUCGACGCGGCCUUCACGGCGGCGCACUUCGGCUUCGCGUCCGUGGACGCGUACUACGCGGCCGCCACGCUGCGCGGCCGCCUGCGCGCCGUGCGCGUGCCCACGCUGUGCCUGCAGGCGGCCGACGACCCCUUCCAGCCGGCCGCCGUGCUGCCGGCGCGCGAGGCGGCGCGCAGCGCGCGCGUGGCGCUGGCGGUCACGGCGCGCGGCGGCCACAUCGGCUUCCUGGAGGGCUGGUGGCCCGCGCCGCCCGCCACGCCGCCGCAGCGCACCUACAUCGCGCGUCUCGCCGCGCAGUACUUCCGCGCGCUGCUCGACGAGCCGCUCGCCGCGCCGCCCGACGACGAAGACGACAACGACGACGACGCCGCCGACCUCGCCGUGCGCCCGAUCGCCUAGAGCGCACGACUACACAGCACACAACGUUCGCACAACUAGUUUAUCGAGAUAUUUUUAAGAUUUAAAACCGUAUUAUUGUCGCUUUACUAACGUUAGGUCAAUUACAUUUAUACUAUAUACACGAGGUCGCUCCUCGCGCGCCGCGGCGCACGCGAGCGCACGGAGCGACCCGCGCCAGCCUUUUUAUAAUUUAAGCUAAAGAUAAUAAUUAAUCAAAUUGAAGAGACGCCUCAUCGGGGAGCAUUUACUGUUAAUAGAAUAUUAUAUCGUUAUUUAUUUGUAAGAGAGCUACAGCGCCGCCGCUCCCCUGCGCGGGAGCGGGACAGGAGCUACAGCGCCGCCGCUCCCCUGCGCGGGAGCGGGACAGGAGCUACAGCGCCGCCGCUCCCCUGCGCGGGAGCGGGACAGGAGCUACAGCGUCGCCGCUCCCCUGCGCGGGAGCGGGACAGGAGCUACAGCGCCGCCGCUCCCCUGCGCGGGAGCGGGACAGGAGCUACAGCGUCGCCGCUCCCCUGCGCGGGAGCGGGACAGGAGAGGGGACAAGCAAACAUCGUCGCUGGGGUAGCACUUUAUUGUACGCGUCGGAGACGCUUUCGUCCGAAGAGAUAAUAAUGCACAAUCUGUGAUCCGGGAGCGGGCCGCCGCCCCCUAGAGUAUUUACACGCGCGCUGCGGCCGCACAUAUCCGACUUUUUAUCGUUUUAAUAAAUAAAUAUGCAUUUUU